AUGGGGGUCUUUCUUUUGCCUAUGAAAUUGCAUAAUGAGUUGAACUCUAUGUGUGCCCGGUUUUGGUGGGGUAAUAUUGGCCAUGAUCACAAAAUCCAUUGGAUGAGAUGGGAGAAGCUUACUUUGCCCAAGUCGGAGGGGAGUAUGGGUUUUCAAGAUUUUCGAUCUUUUAAUUUGGUUAUGCUUGCUAAACAGGGAUGUCGGUUGUCACAGGAGCCUGACUCUCUUCUUUUUAAGUGUUUCAAAGCUCGGUAUUUCCCUCAUGGUCAUUUUUUGGAUGCUCAGGAUUGCCCAAACAGUUCUUACACUUGGAAAAGUAUGAUGGCAGCUAAACCUAUUCUUGCUAUUUGUUGGCAUGUGGGGAAUGGUGCGAGCAUUCGUGCUCUUCAUGAUCCUUGGAUUCCAAACCGGCCCUCUUGGAAGAUUAUACACCAACCUGAUUUGUUGGAGUUGGAAGAUUAUACAUCAGCCUAA